AUGAGUGCUCUACUGAGCAUGCGUCAGAAAUGCUAACGUCUCUAGUUAGCUCCAUACAUAUAGCCAAAUAGCUGGCGUUGGUAACUGAAGCCUCUCGUUUAUUUGUCAGUGAUUUCGCUUUAAUGUAAUGUAACUGUGAGCGUCGGGACGGGUGCGACGCCUCAAUGAUUUAACAGAGAAGCUAACACUGUUAGCCCAACGGCCGUUAGCUUGAUGUUGUUGUUGUUGUUGAUGAUGAUGAGGCUCAUUUAGCUCCAGUUUAGCUACAAGCUAGCAGCUACCGGUGUGUGUGUGUGUGUGUGUGUGUGUGUGGUCCCAGGAUGAUAAAGUUCGUGCUCAUGGUGAACCGGCAGGGUCAGACCCGGUUGUCCCGGUACUACGAGCCAGUGGAGCUGAGCCGCCGGGCGCCGCUGGAGGCCGACGUGGUGCGCUGCUGCCUGAGCCGCAAGAAAGACCAGUGUUCCUUCGUGGAGUAUAAGGACUUCAAGCUGGUGUACCGGCAGUACGCAGCGCUCUACAUCGUGGUCGGAGUCUCUGACAGUGAGAACGAACUGUCCGUCUACGAGCUGGUUCAUAACUUCGUGGAGGUUUUGGAUAAAUAUUUCAGCCGUGUGAGUGAACUGGACAUCAUGUUCAACGUGGACCGGGUCCACAUCAUCCUGGACGAGAUGAUCCAGAACGGGCGCGUGGUGGAGACCAACCGGAGCCGCGUCCUGGCGCCGCUCGCCGCCCUCGACAAGAUGGCCGACGGCUGAGUCCGCUCCA